AUGGAUCCGAGCAAUGGGCCUUCACAUUACGUGAGGCUUGGAAGAGAGAAAGAUCCCGUCGAAGACAUCACCCCCGGCGAACUCAAUCAGCCUGUCACUGUUCCUCAGUUAAUAGUUCAUAGAUGCUCAGAAUGUGGGCAACCCUUACCUGAAUCCUAUGAACCACUUGCUGAUGAAGACUGGACCACUGGCAUUUUCGGGUGUCUCCAAGACACACAAAGCUGUCGAAUGGGUAUGUUUUGUCCAUGUGUGUUGUUCGGACAAAACGUGGAAACAUUGAGAGAACACGUAGCGAGGAACGACGCAUGCUUGUGCCAUGCAGUGUGCGUGGAAGGAGGAAUGGCGGCGGCGGCGGCGGCCACCCUCUUCUUCCACGGCAUCGAUCCACAAACUUCGUUCCUCAUCUGCGAGACACUCCUAUUUGCUUGGUGGCUGUGUGGGAUCUACAAUGGCUUGUUUCGUCAAUCACUACAGAAGAAAUAUCAUCUCAAGGACUCGCCAUGCGAUCCUUGCCUUGUUCACUGCUGCUUGCAUUGGUGUGCAUUGUGUCAAGAACAUCGAGAGAUGAAGAACCAUAUAAACGAUGACACCGAAAUGCCGAUCACCAUUAUUAAGCCUCCUCCGGUUCAAGAAAUGAACAUGGCCGCCGAUGAAGAUAAUCGAAAAGAUGAUCGACCAACCGCUUCAUCUUCGUCGCCCAAGGCCAAGUCUCCAUCGACGGCGAAGAAUCAACAAAUUGCAGAGUUGGAGAUACAAUCACUCUAG